AUGAGUUUAUCUCCUCAUUCAACCCCGAUUUUAGUUGAGAAAUCGAUUGAUGAACAAAAUAUGCAAAGACAAAAUCGUUCCGACAGUGUUAAAGUGUUAGAAUCUCGAAAGGAUAUUGUUGGACAAUCUGAGAAAAAGAAGAGCAAGAGGGUUAUAAUGGAUGUUGAUCAAGUUGGUGAGCCGUUUCCUGUUACUCAUUGGUCAUCAUACACUAAUGUGGACAUUGUAUUGGUUUUACAGUCAAAGUUGACUGAUGUCCAGCUUCGGAUGUUUAGGGAAAGCUGUUUUGGCUAUUUCCUUGAUUUACCUCGAGUUGCUAUCCAGGCACAACUUAUUCGUUCUUUAAUGUUUAGGGAGUUGGUUCAAGAUAAGUGUGAUCAAUUUUAUGUGAAAUUGAAUGACGAAUGUGUUUUACGUUUUGGUCUUCGAGAAUUUGGUAUUGUAAGUGGUAUAACCUGUUGUGGUAAUGAACAUGUUGAGGGUAAAUUCAGUGGACCCAAUAGGUUGGUGGAUACUUAUUUUUCUGGUUUUGAAGUGGUGUCAAAGAAGUCACUUAUUGAUUAUUUUGAGAAGAAGAAAUGGCAGUUUGAUGAAGACGCAGUUAAGAUUGCAAUCAUUUAUUUCAUACACACAUUUCUAAUGUCCACUCAGGCUCAGAAGACAUUUAUAAGUAAACGUGAUUUCCAUCUUGUCGAGAGUGGUGAGUAUGCGUCGUUUUCAUGGGGUAAGAUUGCGUUUCGAGCUUUAAUGAAGUCGGUGAGGGACAGGUUGAGGGGAAAGUCUGAGUUUUAUAGGAUUGGUGGAUUUCCUCUUGCACUACAAGUGUGGUUCUAUGAAUGUUGCACUGUAGUUGAUCAAAAGUUUGUUGUUUGCGUUGGAGAUCAUACACCACGCAUAUUUAAUUGGGAAAUGACAAACAGGCCAAAUCGUGAGGACUUCUCUACUGGUUUCUUCAACAGCACAGGGAAUAAGUUUAAAAAUAUCUCUCCGACAAUUGAAGAGCUAAGGAGAUUUACUUUUCCUGUUGAAGUUACCGAUGAGUAUCAGAAAUAUUUGACAUCACGUAACAGGGAAAAACUUCCUAUUGAUGAUAGCGAUGAUUUUGUCACGCCACCCCCGAAACACAUUAAGGAGCCUGUCCCACCAAAAAAAAGCGCCAAAAAAUGCGCCACGUGUCCAACCUGUUGAUAGUGACC